CGUUGGCGGGGACGACCCGGCGGGAGCGGCGGCUGAGCCGAGCGGAGCCCCGGCCCCUUCUCCGCUCGUCCGCGCUUCCGCUGCGCCAGCGCCGCGCGUGAGCCCCGAGCCCGAGGAGACAUGAGCGCCCGGCGGCCCGGCGCACCCAAGGCGCAGCGGCCCGGCCCCGCGGCCCCGUGAUGGGCUCCUGCGUGUCGCGAGAUUUGCUCACAAGUACCCACAAGGACUGCCCCAUGCCCCAGGGCACGGCCCCCCUGAACCCAGACUUGCCCUCCAGCCGCCCACCCAUCGUGGCUCCAGACCAUGUCACUGGCAAGGACAAACAGAUGGAUUUCUGUUGGGAUCCUUGGCAGAGGUGCUUCCAGACCACCAACGGCUACCUGUCCGACUCCAGAUCCUGCUCCAGCAACUACAACGUGGCAGCCCUGGCCACCUCAUCCCUUGUGGGAGUGGUGCAGAGCAUCAAGGAUCACAUCACAAAGCCCACGGCCAUGGCACGUGGUCGCGUGGCCCACCUCAUCGAGUGGAAGGGCUGGAGUGCCCAGCGCUCAGGCUGGGAGCUGUCCGCAGCCGAGGACGAGCAUUACUGCUGCCUCCCAGAUGAGCUGCGUGAGGCCCGCUUUGCCGCAGGGGUUGCCGAGCAGUUUGCCAUCACGGAGGCCACACUGAGUGCCUGGUCCUCGCUGGACGACGAGGAGCUGCACCCAGAGAACAGCCCCCAGGACAUCAUCCAGCUACAGGACCUGGAGAGCAUCUACCUUCAGGACAGUCUUCUGAGUGUCCCCUCGCAGGAUGACAGUCUUCUGGCCUUCUCCUCCCCCGAUGGAUGGCCCUCACCUGACGAGCCCCCCACCAUAGCCUCUGGCCCGCAGCCCCCCAGCCCCGAACAGCAGCACCGGCAGCAGCUGCUGGGGGCCCCGGGGCCCGAGCGGGGGGCCCGCCUGCAGGGCUCCCUCCCGUCGGUGGACAGCGGCUCCCUCUCAGAGGAGGAGGACGAGGUGUUCUGUAACUGAGGCGGGCGCCGGAGCCUGCUCACACCGUGACCUGGCCCGGUGGGCAGCCCAGGUGCAUCAGGACGCCAGGGUCUGGCUGGGCAUCUCUUGACCCCUCAGGGCAGGCACAGGGUGGGUGCGGCAGGGCUGGGGGCCAGCAUUCCUUGGGGACCAUUCCGUGCCUCUGUGGACCUGCCCCCCGCGGCGGGAGCCGUAAUCCCCUUCUCCCUCUUCACUUGGCUCAGGCAGGCACCUUCCCCUGCAGUUUCGGCCAUCAGCGAGCUCAAGGACUCUCAGCAGACACCAGGCAGGCCGCCCGGAGGACCCAACAGCCAGCUUCCCAGGCAGACAACCAGGGAAGGGCCUGGGAGACCCGCCUCGACCCCAGGGCUCGGUUCCUCGCCCCUCCCCUCUGUGCUUCUGCCCCCCAUCAGAGGCGGGGUAGCCUCUUGGGGUGCCUAACGUCUGCUCCUUAGUGCUCUUCAUGAGGUUCUGUCUCUGGAGUGUCUGUCUGUCCCUCACUCUCUGGAUCUGCUCCCUGGUGCCCUGCUCCCCCCUCCCAUCUCCCUGAAGGCUCUCUGAAGACAUUAAAGUGGUGGAUUCACCCUGGA